AUGACCAAGAAUAAUCUCAGCAGCUCCCUCUCAUGGCUCUUGCAGCACCCACCCUCUUUUGGAUCGUUGGAGCACAUAUCUGUUAUUGCUGAUACUGCCAGCAUAUUGUACGAUGGGUCGGAGGCAGCAGACACGGACGAGGACAUGGCAAGACUGCAGCUGGCACCACAGAUCCCUCCACGACCAAGACUGCAUACUCAAUUGCAACGCGAGCCCAACCCACUUCCGACCCCAACUCCAUCUCGACCCUCAGAAGACAACAAGCUGCAAUCCGGCCGCCCGAAGAAGUAUGAAACGCCUUCUAUAUCCCGGCAGAUUUCGAAGCCGCGUACGCCAGUGACGAGCUUUGAUGACAUAAAAUUUGACGAUUCCAUUGACAUCCUCGACAUCGACGAAAUUGAUUUAACCGGCGACGCCACGACUUCUUCCUUUGGCGAAUUCGGGCCCCCAACUCAGCUAUGGAACGAAAGGUCUGCUUCUCGCGUAGAGCCAUCGCCAAAGAAAAAAGGGAAGAAGAGGAAAAGCGAUGAAUACGAGUCGGAUCUGCUCUCUCCGCAGUCAAGUCGAAGGUCAACGAAGAUACUCCAGCACCGCACAACGACGACAACCUCUCCGGUCCGCGGAAGCCAAACCAGCGUCAACGGAAAACACCUUAAGGGAGAAAUCAGCCUGACUCAAACAAGCACUCGAAGCGGAAGCACGGCUCCCGACUCAGACACCUUAUUGAAUCGUGGGACCAAAGCAAUUGACGGAGGUCAAGGUUACCAAAGGAAUACAACAGUAAACGCCCAACAGGCACAACCUUCAACACGUCCUCUGAAAGCUCGAAUGCAGCGAUCGCUAAACAUCAUUCCUGAUUCGGACGAUGACGAAGAUGUAACUCCUGCUCAAAAGUUUGAAACAGAUUCUUUUGGCGAUGCUUUCUCCAAGGAUGUGUCUGGUCCAGGCUUACUCGGGUUUACGGUAAAAGAACAAGGUUCAGAGACAGCUUCCCGCUCUCCAGUUCGAUCUCAACAACUCUCGGUCCAUGCAUCGCCUGGACCGGUGGAUGCCGUCCGAAUGAGACCUAAAUCGACGCCGCAGACGACGUCGAAUGUGGAAUUUGGAUCGAUUAACUGCACUCCGACACCAACCAUUACUGGCGACUUGACAUUGGAACAGAAAACAUUGAUUGAUAGCUUCGUUAUGAACGGAAAAGACCAGCUACAAAGUCUCGUGCAGCGGCUGGAGGACUCGAAGGAAGUUGUCGGCAGACAAAUCCUGGAGGAGAUGUGCGAACGGGGCGCUGCUUCUAGCCACCUGAAAGAUCGCCAAAAGGCGAUAGCAAACAAGAUCAAUGCAGCAACGCGACUUCAGGAAGAAUCUGCCACUCUGUUCAAACUCCGAAAUCAACGGGAACAAAUGCUUGACCAGCGAGAAGAACUUCGUAAAGCGGGUCAUAUUAUUGAGCCUGAUGAUCCCGAGGAUGUCUUGACUUCGCUAUGCAAUAAGAUUUUCAGGGCGAAACGCGAAAUCGACGCCCGAGAACUCGCAAUCUUCAACCUUUUGGAACAGGUGGGAGUGUCGACCUCCAGCAGAAUGAGAGAUCAUCCAACAUCAGACCGGAGCCGUUUGUUGUCUCCAGGCUCAAAGCUCUCGGAUCAGAGGGUCCUGGUUGCCUCGACUCAAAAGCCGCCUCACUCGACGUCGAAGAAUAUGAAGAGUGAGACUCCGCAAGGUCUCUCUCAUCUCUCGACGCAAUCAAUUCGUCAAACUCCAUCCUUGUACAAAUACGAUGCAGUUGACAUGGCUAUCAAGUCGUCCAACCGAAGCCCUUCUCCCUAUCGUGAAUCUCCCAAGAGGGCUCAAGUGUCGGCUGACGCUAGGCUUAUCUCUCCCACACCUCAUGCCUUCAAUAUUCCUGGCUCGAGUCGUGUGCUCGCCAGUGUGGGUGCGAAGGCUGGCGAAGGCGACUUUUCAAGAACAAUGGGUAGUCCAGCUCGUGACUUCUCAUUCGAUGAUGAAGACUUCGAGGAUGGUUUGGAUGACGAAGAAAUGUACAAGGCAGCAGAACAGUAUGAACAAAAUCUACCGCCAAUAGCAGCUCCGUCUCCUGUCCGAAGUGGACGGUCUGCACUGCGUGAAGUGAGUGACAACAUUCGCAGGGUAUCACCCCAAAAACCUGCAUCCGCAUCAUCCACGUCUCGCCCUCCACCAGCAGCUCUGAUGCAGCAUCCAUGGUCGAAAGAAGUGCACUCAACUCUGAGGAAGAAAUUUCAUCUCCACGAGUUUCGUCACAAUCAAUUGGAAGCCAUUAACGCGACUUUGAGUGGCAAGGAUGCCUUUGUGCUGAUGCCUACUGGCGGAGGCAAGUCUCUUUGCUAUCAGUUGCCAGCCGUGGUGCAAAGCGGGCGGACUGCAGGUGUGACUAUCGUCGUCUCUCCAUUGCUCAGCUUGAUGCAGGAUCAAGUGGAUCAUUUGCAGAAAUUGCACAUUCAAGCUGUACUGGUCAACGGCCAGACCUCGCAAGAACAUAGAAACUAUAUCCUCGAAGCGCUACGAUCUAACGAGCCAGAAAAGUUUGUUCAGCUUCUUUAUGUCACGCCCGAGAUGCUCAACAAAAGCGAGACAUUCUUCAAGGUCUUUCUGGAUUUGAACAGGAGGAGACGCCUUGCACGCAUUGUGAUUGACGAGGCACACUGCGUCAGCCAGUGGGGACAUGAUUUUCGCCCCGACUACAAGGCAGUGGGUGAAGUUCGUCGGCGUUUCAUGGAUGUGCCAGUGAUGGCCCUGACCGCCACUGCAACCGAAAACGUGAAAGUGGAUUGUAUGCAUAACCUCGGUAUGGACGGCGCUGAGGUUUUUACGCAGAGCUUCAACAGACCCAAUCUCACGUAUGAGGUGAGACCCAAAGGCAGCAAGCAAGCCGUUCUUACAAGUAUUGCCUCUCUCAUCCAGGAGUCUUAUAAGGGCCAAGCAGGAAUCAUCUAUUGCCUAUCACGCAAAGCUUGUGAAGAUGUUGCGAAGCAACUCCAGGACGAAUAUGGUAUUCAAGCCCGCCACUACCAUGCUGGACUGGAAGCUCCAGAGCGAAUUCAUAUCCAGAAAGAGUGGCAAGCUGGCGUCUACAAAGUCAUCGUCGCUACGAUUGCAUUCGGCAUGGGUAUUGACAAGGCAGAUGUCCGAUUUGUCAUCCACCACACCAUUCCCAAGAGUCUCGAAGGUUACUACCAGGAGACAGGUCGAGCCGGGCGAGACGGAGGCAGAGCUGGGUGCUAUCUCUUCUAUGGCUACGGAGACACGACCUCCAUAAAGCGGAUGAUCGAGAAGGGCGAUGGUGAUUGGCAGCAAAAGGAGAGGCAGAAGCACUUGUUGCGAAACGUCGUCCAGUUCUGCGAGAAUCGCAGCGAUUGCCGCAGACAGCAAGUGCUCGGAUAUUUCAAUGAACACUUCAAGCGAGAAGACUGCAACAAUACCUGUGACAAUUGUAACUCAACUAGCUCCUUCGAAACGCAAGACUUUUCAGAGCAUGCCAGAAAUGCAAUUCGUAUCGUCCAGCAAGUGUCUCGAGAGCAAGUUACCCUGUUACAUUGUGUCGAUGUCUAUCGAGGCGGUAAAAACAAGAAGAUCGCCGACCUCCACCACAACAACCUUCGCGAAUACGGGCUCGGGGCAGAUUUGGUAAGAGGGGACGUCGAGAGAUUAUUCUACCGGCUCAUUAGUGAGGAUGCUUUGGUGGAGUAUAACAAGGUCAAUAAUGCAGGCUUCGCUACGCAAUAUGUGAAGCCAGGACCCCGAGCCUCCGAAUUCGAGACUGGUCGAGGAACAUUGAGUUUGCAAGUCUUGGUCUCGCCGAGAGAUAGGUCAAAAACCAAAGCCGGCGGCUCGAAGGCCAAGAAGAAAACACAACGGACAGGAGUCAAAGCCGCUGCUGACGACUAUCCUGUGUCCACGAACGUUUCUUCGCCGUUGCAGCCUAGAUCUCGCAAGAUCCCUCCUCGCGCACAGUUUGAUGAGGAUACCGACGAAGAUUUUGUCGACGAAGUCGAAGAAGAUGCCGACUUCUUUUUUGACCCAGUCCCCGCUGUUGGCGGGACACGGUCCAAGAGGAAUACAAAAGUCGGACCUCCAAUUACUACAGAUGACAGGACGGGAGGGCUUGACGAGGUUCACCAACAUAUCCUGAAUGACUUUGUUGAUAAUGCAAAGAAGGAAAUCAAGCGGAUUCAAAUCACGAAAGGUUUACGGCAGACCUCAAUAUCCGAUCUUGUACUUCGAGAGAUCGCCACUCAGUUUCCGCAAGAUGAGGCCGCGCUUCGAAAUAUUUGCAGAAUGAACCCAGAAACGUUCCAGAUGUUUGGGCCUGUCCUGUUGCGGCUGGCCAGAAGUGCAUAUAAUGACUACAAGGCGAUGAAAGAGGCCAGAGGGGAAGAUGUAGAUGGACCUUUUGACCCAUCAAUUGUGGAGAUCAGUGACGAUGAGGAUGCGGAUCGGGUGACGGAAAGUGAUGAAGAUCUCGAUGAAAGCGAGAGUAGUCACUACUUCAGUGUGGCUGACGAUGUGAGCCACUUCAACGAGAAACUUUCACAGGCGUCUGCAUUCGAGGCCCGACCCCAAAAGGCUGCGUCUAAAAAGCGCAACUCUCAUCCUAAAUCCGUGCCCUGGAAUCGCCGUGCCUCACGUGGCCCUCAGCACCGUGGUAGCGGAAGCUCGAGGGGAAGGACAGCGGUGACGAAGGGGAAGAGAGGCAGCGGUGGUGUUACAAGAAAGGUCAAGAGUAGUGUCAGUGCACGGUCAAGUACCAGCAAUUCAGGUCUGCAGGAAUUUGUGUAUAAGAACAGCAAAGAAGCCUCUUCCACCCGUAACCGCGGUGGAGGAGGUGGUGGUGGUGGAGUAGGAAAGAUUAGCAUGAUGCCUACCUGA